CCCCUCUCACUCCACAGUCACUGCCACAGUCAGCGGUUUCCACUGGCAGUGCUCGCGAUGUACCGAGUAUGUUGUGUUCUCCUACUUGUGAUCCUCGGGGGGUGCACUGCUCUCUCCCGCCAAAAGCGGAUCGUAGGGGGUGAGCCGGCCAGCCCCCCGCCCCCUGGCGCUUCAGAAAAUGAGGAUGUCGUCAUUAACCCCGCGCUAGUCUCAGUGCAGCCAACUACCACUGUUCGGACCACAACCACUACAGCUCGUCGCCCUGUCAGAGGAGAUGAGGAUGACGGACCCAUUGUCUUCCUGCGAAGAGGACGCAGAGAGGCCAGGGUCAAGGGCAGGAAGGAUCCCGAAGGAGUCUACGCUUUUAAAGGGAUCAGAUAUGCUGAAGCUCCCACUGGAGCCCUUCGAUUCCAGCGACCAAGAAGAACCAAGAUGGAGGGCGAUGUGGAUGCAACAUCAUCAGGUCCUCCUUGUCCUCAGAGCAUUGGACAACAACUAGUAGGCUCUGAGGACUGUCUGUUCCUCAAUGUCUUCUCUCCUGAGCUUCCAAAAGAUUCAUCCAGCAAUAAGUAUCCAGUGAUCCUCUGGAUCCAUGGCGGAGGAUUCCGGAAGGGUUCUGGAUCUCAGUAUGGCGUCUCGGAUCUGGUCAAGAAAGGUCUUGUAGUCGUCACUGUACAGUAUCGGCUUGGAUCUCUUGGGUUUUUAAGCACAAAUCGAAAGGAGUUGCCUGGAAACGCCGGAUUGUUUGAUCUCAUAGCUUCCCUACGCUGGGUGCGUCAAUACAUCCAGUUCUUCGGGGGAGACCCUGGUCGUGUCAUCCCAUCAGGUCAAGGCAGUGGAGCUAGUGCUGCUAUGAUGCUCACCUUUGUCCGCUUCUCCAGAAAUUGGAUAAAGGGAGUGUUUGCCAUGAGCGGGUCAGCCAUCUCGUCAUUUGCAGUGGACAAGGAACCCGCCCAAACUGCCAAGGAGGUGUCGGCCAUCGAUGACUGCCACUCUGUUCGAGAGCCACUAGCCUUUGUACGCUGCAUGCAGAAACUGCCGUUGGACACAAUCAUUCGGGGUGAUGACAAACUUCAGAUUGAGAGGAUGAACAAAGACAACGCAGCACAGUCCUACAUCACCAGUAUCUCCAAGCUGCUAAGCCCCGGACCUGCAGUGGAGGGGGAGGACGAUAUGAGAUUUCUGCCCAACUUCUUGACAGGAUUCCCGGCAGACACCCUCCAGAGGGGUAACUUUGCCAGAGUUCCUAUGCUCACUGGAGUUACCAAGGAUGAAACAAGCACAAGCGCCAAGGGUGGUGGAGUAGCUUCUAAACUGUUGGGUCAGGUGGAAGCUACUGAAGAACUGCUUCAAAACAUGAUUCCUCAACUCCUACCAAUAAAUACAGGUAUACUCGGAAACAACACCUUGAGCCCUCUAUUAAACAAUCUGUUCUCUAACACCGACUAUUUGAAGGGCAUCACCUCCAGUCUGAGUGGUGUAACGGAUACUUUAGACAAGAUAAUUGAGAUGACAACGGAUGCUCUCUUCAACCUGCCGGCAUUCCUCACUUCACAGUACUGGUCGAAACAGACCAACGCCUACCUGUACCGCUUUGAACAUGACUCCCAAAACUCAGCGGCCAAAUACUUCUUGAAAGAAAACCCUCUGACAGAUGAGGCUGGAGACAGUCAUGUUCAAGGUGUAGGCCACGGUGAUGAUCUGUUGUACCUGUUUGAUGCUCUGUCUCUGGAGGGAGAGACAUUAGAAUCGACUGGCCUCAGUGACCCAGUGGACAGGCAGGUGCGCGAUCACUUCACAGACUUGGUCGCCGAGUUUGCCAGAUCUGGUGUACCUAGGAUUGGUAAUCAAGGAGUGAAGCCGUUCACAGCUGAAGGUGGUGACUACAUUGUGGUGAACUCUACCCCAACAGUCGCCCAAGGGUUCCGGCGGUGUCAGAUGGGGUUGUGGGCAGGACUGACCAAUGUCCUCAAGUCCUCAGAGUGUAGCUUCCUGCAGCUGGGUGCUCUGGUGGGAUCGCUGGAGGGGCUGACCCAGGGAUUGACCAACACAUUGACACAGCCCACCGCCACGCUAACCAAUGCAACAAGCGGGCUGACAAAUGCAACGAUGGGUCUCACCGGCGGACUGGGAGGAUUGCUCGGUGGUGGUGGGCGAGGCACUCAAAGACCUCUCCUCGGUCUCGGCUAGACUACAACUUUCAUAAUGCCAUGAGAUUAUGUAACAACGCAACUAAUAUUUAUUAUAAUUAAAUGAAAUUACUUUUAUUACACCAAA